AUGCUGAAAAAGUUCUGGUUACAGGAAGUAGAGGCCUUGAAUGAACUCCGGCAAACUGAAACUUGUAAAAGUUUGGUCCACAUAUUCUUUGCUUUAUAUAACACUUCCAAGAUUUCAGGUAUAACUGAUAUGGGGUUGCAGCCAAGGAAAGUAAAUAGAGUUGGUGUUAUUGGUCCGGGGUCAAUAGCAAUAGCAACAACGUUUAUCCUUGCUAACAUUCAUGUAAUAUUUAAGGAGGAUGAUGAGAAUUCUCUGGAGGCUACACUCGGUGAAAUCAAAGCUAAUUUUCACAACCUUCUUAUGGCAGGGAAAAUGACCAAGGAGAAGCUUGAAAGAAUUGUAUCUCUGUUGAAAGGUGUACUCAGUUCUGAUAGCUUCAAACAUGUGGAUUUAGUUGUAGAGGUGAGUUUGAAUCCUAACUAUAUAAUUCAUCUGUUACAACAAGGGGAAUUAACAGACAGGAAAAAGGUGUCACUUGGGAAAGAACUAAGAAUGUUGUCACGGGCUGCAAGAGAUGCUGGAGCCCUUAGAGAAGCUAAGGACAAACUGGAGAAGUGA